AUGGCACUAUCACUCGCCGCCCCAUUCAAAUCUCCCCUCCCCGUCGUCGACCCCCGCAAUAAACCCACCCUCAACGUCUACCAAAACAAAUACACCACCUACGAUUUCACCCCCUUCCUCGGUUCCCCCGCCGUUCUCCACCGCAUGCGAGUAAACCGCCAACAAAUCCCCCUCCUCUCCCCCAUCCCCUCCACACGAAUCCCCUCCCCCCUAGCCGAAAACCUGCACCCCUCCGUCGUAAAAGACGUGCGAGAUUUUCUCCUGGGGACCGGUAAAUACACCAGUUCCUACCAACGCCAGUAUUCCGGCAACGGCGCCGAAGUAUGGGCGAGCUGGAAACGCGCUUGGGAUAUUUGGAAUAAUCACUACAUCGACGGACGCGUGAAUGAAGUAUGGGUUGCGCGCGCCUACAAACAAUGGGAAGCGUAUAUAGCGCAACAGAGCAGGAAGGGAAAAGCGCCAUUCGAGGGACCAUCAGGACGAAAUCCCCUGCGUAGAAAGAAGGUCGAGAUAGGGAAACCGUAUCGCACAGAGAGUAAGGCGUUGGAGCAAUUCGAAGUGAGUAUCGACGAGGUAGCGCAGGGAAGGAAAGAAUUCAAGCAGCGCGCUAUCGACGAGUUAAAGGCAUCGUUUAAGAGAAACCGCGAUUUGGGUCAUGGAUAUAUUGAAUUUUGCGAAGCGCUUGCCGAAUGGACGAGACGCGAAUGGAAUCGUCCGGAGUGGAGUCUGUAUAAAGAUCACAAGAAUAAGGCUGCGGAAUAUUUACCCUUGACUAUGGAAUAUGUACACCAGGAACUAUAUGGGGAUACCAAAGAACGCGUCAUCGAGCUCCUCGGUACGGAAUUCUGGCAGAAGGAGCCCAAGCUCGAGGCUCAUCCGGGAACUAUCGAAUACGCCAUCGCUGUUGCCAACUGGGAACAACAAGCCGAAGUGAUCCGAUGCAGAUACACCGAACGACCCAACUGGCUAUCGAUGUACGAGCCCACCGAAAAACUAGAGGACAAAUACAUCGAAUCCGCGAAGAAACGUACAAGUCCCGCCGUAAUCGACGAAUUCCGACUCCGCAUGAAUGUGAAUCGGAAACUGGGGGUUGGAUAUAUAGAGCUCUCGUGGCAAGAGGCCCAUUAUAAUAUCAAUGCGAAAGCGCACGAUGGGAAUUUGGAUUCCACGAUUCAGGAGUUUGAGAAACCCGAUCCGAAGGAUUAUAUUGAUAAGGCGAGGCCGGGGAAAGAGGAUGAGAGUGCGGCGCCGGUGGAGGCGAUUGAUCGUGAGCGUGGUGAGGAGGAGGAGGAGCAGGAUGAUGAGGAUAUCAAUCAUAAUGAUCUUGCUAGGCCAUUGCCCAUCGAAGAGAAUGGGUCUAGUGGGGGGUUUUUUGCCAUGAGGGAUUUUCUUGAAUAUGCGGUUCCGGAUGAAGAUGAUGCGAGUUUUCAGGAAUAUUAUGAUCCUAUUGAGAAUAGUAUUUGGCGACCAAUACAAGUUGAUGAACAGAUACUAAAGAUUGAUAUGGACGAAGAACCCGAUUCAUUUUUAAUGAAUUCUCAAUUUGAGAUUGAUGGUGGUGUGGAUUGUGGAAGAAGUCCUUAUCCUCUUCUCCGGCCUCUAUACAGAUACGCACAAAGCCACGUUGGGGCACAUAAAGACUCAAACCCCAAAGAUCACCUACCGCUACAACCCCAAGGAUCCCUAUUGAAGCUCAAAAAGUAUUGGGAUAACGUCACAGGCACAGUUUUCAACAUCCCUACCAAGAACAUAUUUGCACAAACUCUUGACAAAUUUGAAGAUCCCAAGCAUAGAGAAUCCUUCAAUAAUAACGAGAACUAUCAAAACCUUGACAUAUUUCCCUUGGAUAUCCGACGAUGCGAAAAAAUCACAUCCCCGUUCAAACCCGGGAAAAUACCCAAAAAGUCAGCUGACUUUAGAGAGACUGAUACUAUUAUCCAACCAUCCUUUAGGAUGAAGGAAAAAGAAUAUAGGUCCAUGCGAUUUGAUGAUCCUUGGUGGGUUGAACCGGAACAGAAAUAUUAUCGAGACAUGCCACCUCGAAACUAUCCACCCAAAUUUGAUGAAACACAAUCGCAUCUCCCCAAGGAUGUCAAACUUUGGAAAGAAGAAGUGGAGAAAGAUUCUGAUUUGAAGAAACGAUAUUUCGUCGCUAAUUUGGACGGAAGACUUUUGACAAUCAACGGAGUUGAAGUCGGAAAAGGCGAAAUUGCAGGUCCACUACCAGAAUUUGCAAUCAUACAAACUGAGGGAGGCGGAGUGUCUUUCUGGCAUGGAGUAGGUGGUAGAUUCUACUUACAGCCAGCUGGUGCUAGAAUGAAGGAUUGGUCUCGACAGUGGAGUCAGUUGAGACAAGUCUUGAAUGAUGAAUAUUUCGGCGUUGCAUCUGGAUAUUUCUGGCAGAACGAAAUCGUGGGUAAAAUCACGGAAGAUGAUGAGGGAGAAGGGGAGCAAGACGUUAAAUGGAUAAAAUGGAAAAGUGCAAAACCAGCCAGAAACCCAGAUGGAGCAGAUCCGCGCGCCGUCAAAAUUCAUUCCGGUUUUCUCGAUUCUAAUGCUCAUGCUCACUUGAGCGAUAACGAAGACUGGGGAGCCCCUGGACCUUUACCAUUCGAGAGCCCAGAAGCCGAGCUCAAAUGGGCAGCAGCACAACUUCAUUUUCAGGAAAUGUUUAUCGACGAACCAUGGCUCAAGGCCAAAAUGAUUGAGCCAACCAAAGAUACAGCGUGGGGAGGGCUGCAAGAAGACUAUCAAGAUCCUUCUGAUGGUCCUACAGAUGAGGCUAGGGAUGCAUGGUGGACAUCCAAUGCAGACCAAACUCAAAAGACUCAAGUAAAAUCUGGUCAAACAUUUGAUGAAAGACUACGGGAAGAAUUUGAUGCCGACCAAGCCAAGGUUGAGGCCAUAAGUUUGAAGCGAAAGGCUAAUAAUGAUGGCUACUUCUUACCUGACGCCAAACGAUUUCGAGAAAACAUAGAAGAGAGAGAAAAACAGAAGAUAGAGCAGAUUGAAGAAAAGGAAGUGGAGCAGUUGAAUAUGGGCAUAAAAGAAUUAGUUGAUCAAAUCAAUCAGGGGGCUAAAGAUCUCACAGAGAAAGCAGAACCCAGUGCACUAGUGAAGCAAGAAGAUCUGUGGAAUCCAGCUUCUAGCGCUGAUGCCGAGUCACAAACAAAAGAAGCGCUGCAAAGAGUUCGAGAGCUGGAGCGGGUAAGACUAAUAUACAAUGAACGUAGAAAGGGUGCGAAUGAGAGCGCGAUCCCACCUUUCAAAGACCCUAUCGCAGGUUUAGCCCCUACGACUGUCUUGACGUUACCGGAGAACCAAUGGGCAUUAGAAGCAAUAGUAAGAAACAGGGAAGCAUCCCGUUUGGACCAAGAAGUCCAGGAAACAGGGGCUUUGAAUAAUCUGAACGCCUCUGCAAGAUUGAAACGAAAACGUAUUGCGGAACAACGAGAUCGAGGUUCACUUGGGUUUACAGUCAUGACAGAUGCGCAAUUGAAAGAGCAAGAAAGACAAUUGGUCGUUAAGGCAAAAGAACAAAAAGAACAAGAGGAUUUCCAGAAAAUCAUAACAUUGACCAAUGCGUACAAGUCAAAGACCACACAAGUCAAGAAAGAUGAAAAACAUGUCGCAGCUGUGAAAGAUGGAAUUCAAGCUGGCGACAUAGUAAAGGCCAAAGCAGCGAUAAAAAAAGGUCAGAAAGAACUUGAAGACGUCGAAUUGGAAAUAGCCAAACAACUUUCUGUGACAACUAUGGCUGCAGCUCAAGGUAUUAGUAUGGACGAGCUAGUCGCAUACUCAAAGACUACCCCUGAAUUUAAUCCUACAGACCCUGGAAAUUGGAUCAGCAAAGUAUCGCGCAUUAAAAGAGAAGGAGAAAUAAUUGAAGCAGCCAACGUGGCAGCUGAGUCAAUGAAAAUAUCGGUAGAUACUUGGUACAAGAGAGAACAAGGAGUCUCUAAUGCCAAAGAAUACCUCGAAAAGCUUGCGAAGAACGUGUUUCCGAAAUUUGAAUGGACUGCCAGCCUUGCGAAAGCUAAAGCGGAUUUUGUUGCGAGUAUUCUCCGCACUGUUUCCGGCCAUGAUCAGACGAGAGCAGGCAAAUUUAGCAGUUGGGAAGAAGUUAUUUCAAGCAUGCCCGUCGCUGCUGAUUGGAAUACUGUGGUGAAUGCCCCGCCGGAUACAGAGCCCGUGGCAUCAGGAUUGACGCUAAGGGUCCUCUCAGUUAGCAUAUAUGAUGGUACUUCAAAAUAUACCGGUCAGUUGUGA